AUGUCUGACUUACAAUUACGUGUGUUGCAGGCCGUUGAAACCAACAAUGGUACCAUCGAACACUCCGACGCAGUGUUCCCAGACGUGGAGUCGCAAGUCUUGCAAGCUGCCCUUAACUCCCUUGUGGCCAAGUCCAUGAUCACCUUCUCCAUUAUCGAAAGGGAGUUGUGGAAGUUGACCAGUGAAGGUGAGGAGAUUGUUUCUGAGGGUUCUCACGAAUUCAGAUUAUUGGCCGAAGUGACCAAGCACUUGGAGGGAUUGAAGAUCAGCGAAGUUGCCAAGGUCUUGGGCCCAGCCGGUAAAUUGGGUCAGGGUAAAGCGUUCAAAAAUGGUUGGAUCAAGAAGGAUGGUGACGUUCUUUUGUCCAACGUCGCUGAUUUACCAGAGGACAGCACUGCUGGUUUGUUGAGGAGCAUCAAGGAAAACGGCACUUUGGCUGAUAAAAAGGAGCUUGCCGACUUGAAAAAGAGAAAGUUGAUCUCCUUGACCAAGAUCCUCUCCUACGAGAUCCAGAAGGGUGCCGAGUUUGCCUUGACUAUUGCCCAGGUUGAGACCGACAUCACCAGCGACAUGCUUGCCAACGGUAAGUGGAAGACCGCCACCUUCAAGCCAUAUAACUUCAACUCCGAGGGUGUGGCUCCACAUUCCGGUGCCUUGCACCCGUUAAAUAAGGUCAGAGAGGAGUUUAGACAGAUCUUCUUCUCUAUGGGUUUCACCGAAAUGCCAUCCAACCAGUACGUCGAGACCGGAUUCUGGAACUUCGACACCCUUUACGUGCCACAACAGCAUCCAGCCAGAGAUUUACAGGACACUUUCUACUUGAAGGAUCCGUUAACUGCCAAGAAGCCAGAAGACGAAACCUACUGGAACAACAUCAAGAAAGUUCACCAGGAGGGUGCUUUCGGGUCUAUCGGGUACAGAUACCCCUGGAAGGAGGAUGAAUCCUUGAGAAUGGUCUUGAGAACCCACACCACCGCCACUUCCGCUGCCAUGUUGCACCAAUUGGCCAAGGACCCAAAGCCGGCUAGACUCUUCUCUAUCGACAGGGUCUUCAGAAACGAAGCGGUUGACGCCACCCACUUGGCUGAGUUCCAUCAGGUUGAAGGUGUGCUUGCCGACUACAACUUGACCUUGGGUGACUUGAUCGCUUUCAUGAAGUCUUUCUUUGAGAAGAUGGGUGUCAAGAAUUUGGCCUUCAAGCCAACGUACAACCCAUACACCGAGCCAUCGUUGGAAAUCUACUCGUGGCACGAGGGGUUGGGCAAGUUGGUGGAGAUCGGUAACUCUGGUAUGUUCAGACCGGAGAUGUUGGAAAGUAUGGGCUUGCCAAAGGACUUGAGAGUCUUGGGCUGGGGGUUGUCGUUGGAAAGACCAACCAUGAUCAAGUACGACUGUAACAACAUCAGAGAGUUGUUAGGCCACAAGGUCACCUUGGACUUUAUUGAGUCCAACCCGGCCGCUAGAUUGGACUCUGAGUACUAG